AUGUGUGUUAGACCCUCAAAGGAAGGUUGGAUUUUCGAAAAAGAUGCAAUUUCAAGACGGAUUUCUAAAAGGAUUGAGUUGAUCACUAAGUUGGAUACUACGGAAAGAAAAGUUUUGAGUAGUUCUGAAUCCUACCAGGUGGCAAACUAUGGAAUCGGUGGAUACUUUAAACCCCAUCUCGACAAUUUGCAUAAUCCUAUAUGGCGGCAGCCAGUACAGUCUGAUGCUAAAUUCGUUAAAGGAUCUGGGGAUAGAAUCGCUACAUGGAUGUUCUAUUUGAAUGACGUAAGGGCUGGAGGAGCAACGAUUUUCCCUAGAAUCAAUACAAGAAUACCGGUAACAAAGGGAUCUGCUGCUUUUUGGUAUAAUAUUCUUCCAAAUGGAGAAGUAGAUGAACGUGUCCUUCAUGGAGGCUGUCCUGUGUUAUUAGGAUCAAAAUGGAUUUGUUCCAAGUGGAUUCGUGAAGAAGGGCAAAUGUUUAGACGUCCAUGCAAACUUCAUUUCAAUGCAACAGUACAUUAGAAGACUUAUUUUUAAACUUUCAUUUAAC